GUUUUCUUGCACCUGCACUAAAUUACUUGGUACAUAAAUUGCUAAUAGUUUAAAAUGUCCACUGACCAGGAGACGACCCUCAACCGAAAGCAGUCGCGGCGGGUCCCCAAAGGAAAGUUAGGCUGCAUGACAUGCCGGUAAGCAGCCAGUUUCUCUAGCAUUCGGGCAACGCACGACUGUCGAUCUGUCGGCUCAAUCACGCUAACAUCUCAGGCGUCGCAAGGUGAAAUGCGAUGAGACCAAACCGAUAUGUAAGAGGUGUGGUUUGCUGCAGUUACCGUGCAUAGGGUCGCUGUAUGCUGGUUGCACCCCAUCACCACCAGUCAGCCACAACAUCCCGACAGUAUCCCUCCAGGGAGCGGAAUGUUUGCCAAGCAGCGGUAGCAUAUCAAGGGAUGGGCUAAUACAGAUUUCCCAAUAUGUUAUGUUGAAAGAAGUGCUUCCGAAGGAGUGGCAUUUUGUCGAGAGCCGACAAUUCAUCAGAUCAGUUAUCCAGCCGUAUCUGAUGAAAACCCAACUCAUACCAAACGCCACGUCGAUCGGAUACUCAACCGACCCGAAAUCACCUGCUAAAAUGGAUGGUCUUAUCGCAUGCACGUUGGCUCUGAGAGUGGCUAUUGCGUCUGUCCAGAACGGCAACAGAAUCAAGCCUUGCAGGAAUCCCAGCAAUAGCCACAUCUGGAAUCGACUAUACCGCCACAUCAACGGCGCGAUUGAAUCAAUUAACCACGCACUAGCAGCGGAAGACUCUGGUCCCGACUUUACAAUACUUGAAAACAUUAACUCGCUAAGACAGGUCGAGAUAGUGUUGCAGUCUCAUACGUGGCGAUCCCAUAGCGAGGCUUACCUGCAGCUUUUAAGGAUGUACUUUACCAAUCUGCUCGGGACCUUGUCAACACGUUAUGCGACCAAUACGCAUGACCUGAUGUUCGAAGUCAUAAUGUCCGAAACUGUCAGUCCGCCAAAAACACACCUCGCGGGCAUAUCACGCUUUUCCAGAGCCGAAAUUCUGUCUGUCGUUUCAAGUAACUGUCAUCCCGGGCUUCCCUGCCCCUCUACACUCUUGCAAGAAAUUCUGGCUGUCACAGAGUUGCGCCAGAGGAUUGCUGCGGCCACCAUUACUGGCAGGAGCCUAGACGCAGAAAUUAUGGCCGUUUUCAGGCGCAUCGAAGCAUUUGUACCUGAGACGUGGACCGAGUCAUACCCGAUCCCAGACGUGCUGGAGACGCGGCGCCUUGCCCAGAUAUUUAAGGAGAGCGUCGCGCUGUACGCACUUGCCACUCUCCCUACGGAUACGCUGCCGACGAUGAUGCCACUGCAACUGCUCAUUGACAAGAAGCGUGACAACCUGUGCACCCUGAUCGAUUCGAUAUGGGCAAACAGGAAGUGCAGGGUCAGUCUGAACUGGCCGCUGGCGGUCGUCGGCUAUGCAAUGGCCACAGGCUCUGCCGUGCAACAGCGCAGAAUCUGCACUUUUCUCGACAACAUAGCAAUGGACCCGUUGAUCAACCAUUCCCUGAUGAUUAAAGAGCGGCUCGUAAGAUUUUGGGCUUCGGGGAAGAAGGCGUGGGAUGAGUGCUGGCAGGAUGGUUUCGCAGUGAUUUACUAAACUGUAACAGCCCACUAUAAACAUAUUUCAUGUCAUGCCUUCUCUUCCUUUCUUUUAUUUUUUGUUUUCAUCUCAAAAUUAGACGUCCUGUUGCACUGUUUCGCAGAUGGAAACCUAGCCACCACAAGCAAGGAAUGCCAAAUGAGGUUCAAGAGAUUUGGGAGUUUGCCUUGUGCCCCUUUGAAGGGAUCUACCGUGAUCCAAUAUUCGUAUUUCGUUUAACUCGCCGCUAUUUGAGGAGCAUUGUCCAAGAAUGUGCACCGUCGUCAGAACAUCUGCGCCGUAUCCUCAGUCAAGCUGAAUGCGCC